AUGACAGAAGAGAGCAGGUUCUGCAAAAAUUGUAAACGAGAUGUGUCUGCUGCUAAUUUCUCCCUCCAUGAGGCCCACUGCUUGCGGUUUCUCACUCUUUGUCCAGAAUGUGAUGAACCAGUUGCCCAAAAUGAUAUGACAGACCAUCAAACAGAAGCACACAAACAGACCGAGGAAUGCCACAAACGAGCAGUGAAAUGCAAGAUCUGUGAGCUUGAAAUGCCCUGCAACAAGCUGCAGGAACACCUGAACACCUGUGCCAGCCAAACAGAGUGGUGUGGGGAGUGUAACAAAUAUAUCAUGUACAAAGACCAGAAUGAACACAAAGAAAUUUGUCAGAACAGUGGUCUGUCCUUUCAUAAGGAUGUGAACUUUCAAACCAGUGAAACAUCCACUAAUGGUACAUUUAUCUGCCCCACUGGUACCGGUGGCAAUUUUUGUCAGAAGUGCAAUAAGUCAUUCCCUGAUGACCAGUACUCCCAACAUCUGGAUACAUGCAGUGCAGCCCAUAAGCUGACAAAAGUUCUUGCUGGCCAGCCAACUUCAAAACCCAGCAGUGAUCCACCAGAGUCUUCUUCAUCCCUGGCACCCUCUUCCUCCUCUGAGAAUGUAAUGGUGUGGAGAGAUGUCCGUCCCAAGGGGAAAGAAAGGGAUCAGUCACUGACCUCCAAAACCUUGCUUAAACCCCCAAAGAACAAGAAGAUUGGCUUUCCCUCUCCCACGAGAGGUGGACUUUCCACAUCACCUCAACCUCUUAAAGAUCCCCAGUCUUUUGACAUGCUGGUGACCUGUACCCAUUGCAACAUUCUUCUGCCACUUCCAACCCUUCAGAAACAUGAGAUCAAAUGCCUACGUUUGGCAUCUUUUAAUGGGAUGAAAAAAAAAUCAAGCCAUGGAGAAAAAGAGUAA